ACGUAACGUGCUCUGGAACCGAGGCAGGCGGCAGCCGGGGCUGUCGCCCGGCCCCGCCGGCCCGCUCCCAGGGCGGGCUCACCGCGGGAGAGCCGCCCCCGAGGAGGGGCCCCGGCCAAGGAAGGCCGGUCCCGCCAGGCUCCCCCGGCCCGUGUUGAGGGCGGCGGGGCGGGUCAAGAUGGCGGCGGGGGGAGGGCGGUACUUCUGCACGGCCGGCCGUGGGCUGGAGCCCUUUCUAGCGCGGGAGGUGCGGGCGCGGCUCGGCGCCACGGAGGUGGACUGCGUCUCAGGAAAGGUCUUCUUCAGCACAGAGGCGGAGCCGGGCGAGCUGAGGAGACUCAGGGCUGGAGAGCGACUGUUUUUACUGCUUAAGAAACACCCCCCGCUUGUAGUGUCUAGAAAUAAAGGUAAAAUGCUGCAUGAGCUUAAAAGCCUUGUCGUUGAGGAGCCGAAGUAUUGGCUGGAUGUUAUCUCUAUCUGGAGAAACCUUCAUGGGUGUGAGGGGAAAAAAGAUGAUGUCUCUCAAGAAAACCAGUCGCCUCUGAAGAGAAAAUCAGAAGAAGAGACAACUAUUGUAACUAAAAGGCAGGAAACAGAACAAGCGAGAGAGACUGUGUCUGAGGAAUGUCAGGCGGAAGCUGGAGAGAGGUGUGUGGUACCAGAGAGAGCAAGUGAUCAGGACUGCCGGACUGAAAGCAAGACUUUCUUAGAAGACCCUUCCAGAAGCAGUGGAGAGAAGCCUAUUGUGAAUGAGCAGCUUAGCUUCAGUUUCAGAGUUUCUUGUCGUUGCAGUGGAGCGAUUGCCAAAAUACUUACUUCACAGGAGAUCGGAAGAGCUGUUGGCAUAGCGCUCAUGAAGCAGUUUGGGUGGCAGGCUGAUCUGCGGGACCCUGAUCUAGAGAUCUUUGUACAUCUUAAUGACAUUCACUCUGUGGUGGGGAUUCCUCUUUUCAGGCUUCCAUUGGCAAACAGAGAGUAUAUCAAAACAGCAGGGCUGCGGUCAACAGUUGCGUGGGCCAUGGCGUCUCUGGCUGAAAUCAGUGCGGGUGUCUUUGUGCUGGAUCCCAUGUGUGGGCUAGGAACGAUAUUGCUGGAAGCUGCCAAAGAGUGGCCUGAAGCCUGUUACUGGGGUGCUGAUAUAAGUGAUUCACAGUUAGAGGGUGCAGAUGUGAAUAUCAGGGCUGCAGGCCUGAUGGAUAAGAUUGAGUUACUUAAAGCUUCUGUGAAAGCAUUGCCAUUGCCUUCAGAAAGCUUUGACGCUGUGAUUUCGGAUAUUCCGUUUGGGAAGAAGUUCAAGAUCACAAAAGACAUACAGCUCCUCCCAGAUAUUCUCCAGGAAAUGGAGAGAGUACUUCGUGUUGGAGGCACUGUUGUAUUGCUGCUGAGCCAAGAUCUCCAUAAAUACAUGGAUGGCAUUACCCAGUGUGCUGAAAAUGACCCUCCUAAUGCCACUUCUGACAGUGCAAGUGAAACCGCCGCUGCAAAAGCCCUGAAUGUUGAUGGGAAUUCUUCCUCCUUAGUGAAUGGUGUUAAAGAAUCCUUUCUCAGCAGCAGACGGACACAUUUUGGGUCUCUGGUGCUAGAUGGCGUCUAUGGAGUUAGUCUUGGAAAGACGGAUGCUUUCAUACACAAAUACAGGAAGAUCUCUUCUGCUGGGAAUCGGUAGUUUUCUAGCACUGUGCCUAAGUGAACGGGAAUCCUGAUACACUUGAAAAGCAGUAUGGCAGUGAUCUGAUGGGACCCUGCUGAUCCAAACCCUGUGCCAUUUGUUAGCUCACCUCACUUUCUUUGGAUGUCCUAAGGCAUUGCUUUUCUCUCUUUGGUUUUUAGGAGAGCUGGAAGAUGUGUACUAGUGUUUCAGAUGUUUUUACUCUAAAAUAUUGUAAUGAGACAAGAGUCCUCAAAUCCUUGUUUAGGCAAAGCCCCUCAGUAUUGGGAGGAGUUUCUUUGGGAGAGAAGGACUUCAUUUGCAGAACUGGAAAAACAAAUGUGGUAAUAAUAAAAUGUGAACAGAUUUUCACCUUCAGCAAUGUUUUUAGGAAGCACAUCUUGUCUGAAGAAGUCCCCAGCUCUUUUUGACCGCUGGAUGUAUGCUUUACCAUGUGCCUUGCAGUCUUGUAUUUUAUUUUAAAGCUCGUUUCUGAUGAGUUUGAAAUGUUGCUAUUGAGAUCUCUUGGAGUGGGAAAUAAAUAUUAAUUCUUUGCAUGCAUCUAAUGGGUGUGCCUUAGGUUUUUUAGGGUGAAGAGAAUUAUGACUAUCAAAAAUAAUGCUUUUCCUCACUUGGUAAUGUUACUCCAAGGGCACAAUGUGGAAGAUGGGAAAACUUGCCAAGUGGAUGAACAAUUAGAAGUGACUUUACCUGCAAAGAAGCACACAGAAAAAUUCUCCUGAAAAGAGAGAGGUCUUAGCAGUUCUUUUAGUCUAUGCAAAAGGUAUUUGGGGAGGAAUAGUCUUAGAUUCUCAUGGCUGCUGAGCUAACAGGGAAGUAUUUUUAUAGAGAAUGACUGCAGAUUGCUUUCAGAUGCUAUUUUGGACAAGUGUUUGCAAUUUGGCAAGUUGUAAGCUGGACUUGUGCAUUGUGUUUGCUGUGAUUAGUAUGGAGGUAACAAUUACGAGUAUGUCUGGGUUGGUUUGGGGGUAUUCUUGCUUUUUUUCUUUUUCUUUGAAGUUUGUUGUGUGUAGCCAGGUGGAAGCAUUACUUUAUCUGUGUGUUUUCCACAGCAGAGUCUCUACUCUGGACAUCUUAAAAUAGGAAGUAAGAGCCUGUGGUGUCGACUGAACUAGAGAGGCUCGAAGGGAACAAGGAUAUGAGUCAUAUUGAUGUGAUCCUGCUGCUAUGACCCCUGCUGUUUAGCUGGUACCUGGAAACUUGCUAGUGUACCACAAGGACAGAUGUCUGGCUUUUUAUUUUUAUCAUUAUCUGCCCUCCCACCCAAGUUUAGUUUUCAAAGAGGCUUUGGAGAAGAUAAUGAAUGCAUCACAAGAAAGGUAAAGGGUAACUUGUUCAUGCCAUUAGCUCUGUAUCAAAUGUGCAUGGUCAACAAUAAUGUAUCUCUUCUAAUUAGCACUAGUGCAAGUUUGUUGUAGCAGAUAAAGUGUUAUCUGGAUUGCUUAGUUCUUAAUGUAUCCCAGGGACAUGAACACUGGACAUAACACUGUUUUCAGUGGGAGUCUGAAAGAGAGAUGAUGUUUGAGUUUUGAAAUUUUUUUCCAGUGAAGCUAUGUUGCCACGAUAGCUAGCUAAAACAUUAAUAUUACACGGUUCUCAUUAGAAGCUAAACACAGGACUUAAAAUCUGUUCCUUUGUCCAGAGAUGUCUCCUCUCAAGGCAGCUAAAGUUAAUGGUGAAAGCGAGUUACUGCUUUGUCAGAUGGUUGAUGUAUCUGUAACAAAACACAAACAGACGAUCUGCUGAUAGUGUUUUUUUGGAGUUGAGUAUUCUUGAGUGUUGCAUAUCACAUUGUCAUUUGCACAUAUUGUUUUCUGUGUCUCAGUAAACUUACUUGUCAAGUGCUUCAUCUAAAGUCUAGUUUAGAGACUGAUAGCAAAAUUGCUUUUCUUGUUGCAGUUACGUGUCAGGAAAAUUCUUGACUGUCACCUUCUCUUUGUGUCAAAUUUUCUCAUCCAAAAUGACACCCGCUAGAAAGGGUAAAAAUGAGUUUUGCUGUUGUACAAAAUUUCUGUCUCUUGUGUUUCUGUAUUUCACUGUUGUGAAGAAUUUAAUUGUGUAGGGUGGUCAGCAAAGUGUAAAAGAAUAGUUAUGGGUUUUUGGUUGUGAAAGAGACACUGUCCUGUCCUGCUCAGUUUCGGGAGUUUCUAUUCUAGAAACUAUUCCUGGAAUUAAAUGAGGUGGUUGCUUACUUUAGUUUGCUCUGUGUUUACUCCAUCUCUCAUUUGCCCUGGCUUUCUGUGCAAGUUUUGCAGAUUGGGGGUGCGUGUGAAGACGAAAGGUUAAUAAUGUUUAGGCACUUACUCUAAAGCUUAUGCUACUUCAAUAUUUUGGGUGCAAUGAAAACACUGGCCAAAUAGUGGAGAAAUCAUGUCCUUUCACAGAAACACCUGUCUGUAUGUGAAAGUAACUUCUUUUUUGCUCUUCAGCAUUUGCACGUGUAAAGGUCUAGCCAGUAUGCAGCAAACUGUCAGCAAUACACCACGGAGAGUAGAUGGUCUGUUGUGAUGUUAACUUGCAGCUUGUGAUUUGAAAUUUGCUUUCAGUUAAAUAAAAUACAUGUGAAUAUCAGAUUUCUGUUUAAAAAGUACCAAAUGGAUAGGUCACCAGCAUGUUGAUGUAUUGGGAGAAACUUAAAACAUAUUUUCUUAGGUAAUAGCUUGGUCAGUUCUGUUGGAAUUUGUUGUCUUACAUUUGAAAUUUAUUCACAGACAUAUUUGAGAGGUUGCAAUAAUCGAUAAAUAUGAGCUCAGUGUCAGCCUUUUGACAAUAGCUUUGGCUGCUGGUUUAAAAGCUCUUUUGAGUUAUACUGAAGUGUGCUACAGCAGUACACUAAAAGGAGAAUUUUUGCAUACUUUGAAUUUUCCUGUUCGUUUGGGGUUUUUUGUUUUGUUUUCCCUCAACUUAAAGACUCUUCUAAGUUAUUCUUGAAGUUAAAUGGUUAUUUUAGGCCUUCAGGCUUGUUUCACCUGUGAAGUCCUUGAGGUUCAUAAGAGUGAGUUGGGUUUUUUGGUGAACUGUGUAUGUCUAGUAACUAAACAAACUUCAGAAGAACUUCUUUAGAAAUAACAUACCAGACUAGAUAUAAUUUGCCUUUAUGACUUAAGAAAUUUCAGAGGAGCCCCAGUGUAAGAUACUGAAUUGCAAAAGAGCACUUGACAUGUAUUUCUUAAAAAAAAAAAAAAAAAAAAUUAAAAGGCU